GGCAAUGGACGUCGGAACAGGCAGAGACCGAGAUGGGUGCGGGGGAAUUGCGCUCCGUCCCUCCCUCCCUCCCUCCCUUGCUCUGUGAAGAUCGUGGCUGAUGGCACCGAUGAUACAAGGCAGUCAGGUGCGCGGAUCAGUACUGUGACGGAAAAGCAUGGAUAUGGUGACAACGAAGAAGAAGAGGCAGAGGAGGAGGAGGAGUAGGAGGAGACGAGGCCAGGAACUUUCAUAGUUGUGCAUUUGCUGUUGUGCAUUGUGCUCCAUGAUUUCUACGUCAAUCCAUGGAAUUAUCGCCCUUAAUGCGUUGUUCAUCGAAGGGUCCUCAGAUGUCACUCUGUAGCAACAGCAGAAGCAGCGUCAUCUAAUUUUCUCCGCUGCGAACGAACCUUGAUUCUAGGCCUCGUUUUUGUGUGUUUCUUUUAUAGUUUAUUGAUUUUGGAAUUGGAUGUGGAGGUGAUGAGUUGGCGGUGUGGUAUAGACCCUGGACGGUGGGCUGGAAAGGUUUUGCACCGUUGUGAAACAUCCGCAAGUGAUGAGGAGGAGUACGGGAAUAGGAAUCAUGAGCUUGUGGUGAUCGGGAACGGAUUCUGAUCGAGACCAGGGGAGUGUUGCGGCGUGGUGAUCAGGGUGGCAUUGCCAUGAACGAUCUUCUCGCGGAUAAAGAUUCAUCCGCUAAUGAGAAAGAGGAGGAUCUUGAGGCGGGACCUUCACCUGUCCCAGAGGCUGGCCAAGACUUGUCAUUAUUCUUCCAGGAGAAUACGAAUGAAGAAUCCAAGUCUGUGACAAAAGCUGCAAAUAUGACAGCUCUUAAGGAAAAAAUGGAGCAUGACCUUGAUGAGAUCAGCAAGGUUGCUCAAGGUUUAAAGGGUAAAAUAGAGGCGAUGGACAAAGCGAAUCUUGUAAAUCGUAAAAUUAAGGGCUGUCAUGAAGGUUCAAGUACUGAUCGGACACGGAUGGCUAUAACCUCUACCUUGAAGAAGAAGCUGAAGGAGCUCAUGGUCGAUUUUCAGGCAAUAAGGCGGAAGUUUCAGGUCGAGUAUCGAGAGGUGGUUGAAAGACGUGUUUUCACUGUUACGGGACAAAAGGUUGAUGAAUCAGUGAUUGAACGCCUAAUUGACUCAGGAGAUGGUGAUCAGAUUUUUCAGAAGGCCAUCCAAGAGCAGGGACGAGGUCAAAUACUAGACACAGUAGCGGAGAUCCAAGAGCGGCAUGAUGCAGUUAGGGAUAUAGAAAAGAAACUUUUGGAACUUCAUCAGAUUUUUCUUGACAUGGCAGUGCUUGUUGAAGCACAAGGCGACCUUCUUGACAAUAUUGAAACGCAGGUUGGCAAAGCAGUCGACCAUAUCGCUUCGGGGACUACAGCUCUGCAGAAAGCGAAGUCCUUGCAAAGAGGAACUCGCAAGUGCAUGUGUAUUGGCAUUGUUGUGCUGCUUGUCACAAUUGUUAUUAUCAUCGUUUCUGUAAUCCAACCUUGGAAAAAUGCUGUAUAGUGAAAAUUUUAAAAACAAAAGUAAUUUUUUUUAAAAUUAAAAAUUAAAAAUUAAAAAGAGAAAAAAAAAUACAUCUACAGUAGGAUUCACACGUUUCAGAUGAGCUUCCAGCUGCGUUCGUAUGUCAAAACAGUUGCAGGGAGAAAGGGAACGCCACUUUAAUGAAGAUCUCAACAUCGUCACCUCGUCUAGGACCAUUCUUACACAUCUCG